AAGGGGGAGCCGCGGCUUCCGGCACAUCCCCCGCCACUCCCGGCGUUCGCGGUGUCGGGCUGCUGGCUGCUUAGCUCCUUUGCUGGUGAUGGCGGCAGCUGUCGCUAUGGAGACAGAUGAUGCUGGAAAUCGACUUCGGUUUCAGUUGGAGUUGGAAUUUGUGCAGUGUUUAGCCAACCCAAAUUACCUUAAUUUUCUUGCCCAAAGAGGUUACUUCAAAGACAAAGCUUUUGUUAAUUAUCUUAAGUACUUGCUUUACUGGAAAGAACCAGAAUAUGCCAAGUAUCUAAACCAAGAGCUAAACACAGGCCUUCAGAUGUCAAGGUACCCUCAGUGUUUACACAUGUUAGAACUGCUCCAAUAUGAACACUUCCGUAAGGAGCUGGUGAAUGCUCAGUGUGCGAAAUUUAUUGAUGAGCAGCAAAUUCUGCACUGGCAGCACUAUUCUCGGAAGCGGAUGCGCCUUCAGCAAGCCCUGGCGGAGCAGCAACAGCAAAAUAACACAUCAGGAAAAUGAACAGUUGGAUCCAGACCAGGCUCUUAAGACAUGUAUAUAUUGCUUUUGUACAGUGAAGACAAAACAACUCUUCCUAUGUACCUUUACUGUGGUAGCACCUAGAACCGUUAGUGUGCUAUUUAAUUGAACUAACUUUUUCUUGUUAAUAGAUUAUUUCUGUUAAACCAGAA